UUUCUCUCUCUAAAAGACCACCCCUCUGAGUCUAUCUCUCUCUCUAAAACCAGAGUCUUUCUCAGUCUGAUUCAAAAUUCAUAUUAUCCUUGUGUCUCUCUCUCUUUCAAAAACCAGUCUUUCUUACUCUGAUUCAAAAUUCAUAGUAUCCUUGAGUCUCUCUCUACAAAACCAGAGUCUUUCUCAGUUUGAUUCAAAAUUCAUAGUAUCAUUGAGUCUCUCUCUACAAAAGCAUCGGCCUUUCUUUAAGCUUUACCACCCCUGGUUGCGUCCAUUUCGGGGCGAGAAGAACAGACACUCAGCUGAAGUCUCUCUCUCACCCCCACUAAAAAACCAGACUCUUGACGUUUGAAUUCUCUCUCGCUCUCUCUCAAAGAGACUGGACUUUUUGAUGUGAACUUUGAAGUUUGAACUUCCCUUCCCAUUUAUCCUCCCCUUGCAGGGCGAGAAAAUCAGAAAACCAGCUCUUGUUCUCUACCCACCAAAGCAAUCAGUUUAUCUCUUUGAACUCUAGUUUCAGAGCAGAACCGUCAGAGAAGAAGCAGAUGCAACUUCUCCCAAAAAUGUCACCUUUCUGGUUCCCCAUCCUUCUUUCUCUCUCUUUAUUCAUCAUAGCGCCCCCAAUUUCAUGUACCAUUCCCCUUAACUCAGUCCUUAGAGCUCCAAGUGGAACAUGGAAUUCACCCAGCUCCACCUUCUCCUUUGGUUUCAUGGCCUCUCCCUCUGACCCCAAUCUCUAUCUUCUUGGGGUUUUCUUCUCAGCUGGAAUCAUAUGGACUUCAGGUCCUCAACCUGUGGAUUCAGGGGCGUCUCUCUCUCUUCUCUCUAAUGGAAACCUUCGCCUAAUCAAUGGUUCAGGAGCCCAAGUUUGGGAAUCAGGAACUGCAAACAUGGGUGUCUCCUCUGCAACUCUCGAGGAAUCAGGGAACUUCAUCCUCAGAAAUUCAAGCUCUUCGAUAUGGGAAACCUUCAAAAACCCAACUGAUACGAUCAUGAAAGACCAAAACUUCACUCUAGGCAUGAAAUUGACUUCAGGGUCUUACUCUUUCUCUCUCAAUAAAACUGGGAACCUCACCCUAACUUGGCAAAACAACGUCACUUAUUGGAGCGAGGGCCUGAACUCGACGUUUGCUCGAAAUUUGUCAAACCCUGUGUUAUCUCUCGGGCAAGAAGGGCUCUUGAUUCUCUCUGACCCAUCUUUCUCCCCACCAGUUACCAUGGCCUACAGUAACGACUAUGCAGAGAGUGCGGAUAUUAUAAGACUGGUAAGGCUCGAUUCAGAUGGUAAUCUCAGAUCAUAUAGCUCGCCAAGAACCACUACAAGCUUGAAUCCUCAAUGGUCAGCUGUUGAAGAUCAAUGCAAGGUCUAUGGCUAUUGUGGAAACAUGGGUAUUUGCACGUACAAUGAUACAAAUCCAAUAUGCAUUUGUCCAUCACAGGAUUUUGAUCCAGUCGAUCCCAAUGAUUCGAGAAAGGGGUGCAAAAGGAAACUGGAGCUCGCUGCUUGUUCUGGUAAUACUUCCAUGCUUCCAUUGGAUCACACUGAGUUCUUUAGCAUUAAUACUGGUUUACGGAGUCAAACUUUCUUCAUGGGUGUCAACCCGUGUCGAUUGAAUUGCCUUGUGGAUUCGACCUGUCAGUUUUCAACCUCUCUUGGUGAUGGAUCAGGCCAAUGUCUGCAGAUGCUUUCAAACUUUGUAAGUGGCUACCAGUCACCCAAUCUUCCGAGCACUUCAUUUGUUAAGAUCUGUGGCGCUGGUAUUCCUAACCAGUCCCUUCAAUCUCAUAACCAGAACAAAAUCAGAGCCUCUAAGCUCACAGUUUGGGUAGUUUUAUUAGUGGUUUUAGUCACGAUUUUAGCUCUUGUUGCUAUAGAAACAGGUCUAUGGUUCUGUUUCUGCAGGAACAAUAAGAAAUUUGGGGCUUUAUCAGCUCAAUAUGCCCUUUUGGAGUAUGCAUCAGGCGCCCCAGUUCAGUUUUCUUACAAAGAGUUGCAGAAGGCGACAAAAGGGUUUAAAGAGAAGCUUGGGGCUGGCGGUUUUGGGGCUGUUUAUAGAGGGGUUCUUGCUAAUAAUACAGUGGUUGCAGUGAAGAGGCUAGAAGGGAUCGAGCAAGGGGAGAAGCAGUUUAGAAUGGAGGUAGCCACAAUAAGUAGCACCCACCAUUUGAAUCUGGUCCGAUUGAUAGGCUUUUGCUCAGAAGGGAAACACAGGCUUCUGGUUUAUGAGUUCAUGAAAAAUGGGUCUCUUGAUUGCUUCUUGUUUCAUGGUCUGGAGGCGUUGGUAAAUCUUGAUUGGGAAGCUAGGUUCAAUAUUGCUCUUGGAACAGCAAGAGGCAUAACUUACUUGCAUGAGGAGUGUCGAGAUUGCAUAGUUCACUGUGAUAUCAAGCCAGAAAACAUUCUUUUGGAUGAUAAUAACACAGCUAAAGUCUCUGAUUUUGGGUUGGCUAAGCUUAUCAAUCCAAAAGAUCAUCGGUUUCGAACCCUUACAAGUGUUAGGGGAACGAGAGGGUACUUAGCACCAGAAUGGCUUGCAAAUCUUCCUAUAACUUCAAAAUCUGAUGUAUAUAGUUAUGGGAUGGUUUUAUUAGAGACAAUUGGAGGGAGAAGGAACUUCGAUGUAUCAGAAGAAACAGGGCACAAGAAGUUUUCGAUGUGGGCUUACGAGGAGUUUGAUAGUGGAAGAAUUGAGAGUAUAGUUGAUAAAAGGCUUGGUGGGGAGGUUGAUAUGGAGCAGUUAAGCAGGGCAAUUCAAGUGAGCUUUUGGUGUAUUCAAGAGCAACCUUCACAGAGGCCUAUAAUGGGGAAAGUAGUGCAAAUGCUUGAAGGGAUCACGAAUAUUGAGAGGCCACCUGCACCUAAGGCGAGAGAAGGAAAUGUUAGCAUAGUUAGUGGUGUCUCAAGCGCUACCUCAACCACUCUGGCCUCUGCCCCUCCAACCUCACCAUCUUCUUCUCUACUGGCAGUGAGAUCAUCGGCAUCGAGAAGGAAUACUGAGAAGCUGCCUUCCUUUACGUUUUCUGAGUAAAAUACUGGUGCUUAUGUGCCCAAUCAACAAGUUUGACCAAGGUACAUUCAAGCUUUGAACUUGGGUUACAUGGCCGAUGUUAUAAUUGUCUAUAAGUUAUGCUUUUCCUUGCUCUAUACAUGGAUUAUGGAAAUAUUUGUUCGGGGUAGUUGGAAGCUGGGAGAUGUAAUUUAUUAUUGAAUUUGUAUGUCGAAGGGUAUUCACUUAACUAUACUUUUUUUUUUUGUUGGGAAACUGUGGUAUGUAGGAACCUAAAGGUUCAAAGUUUUUUGUUUACUGUGUGCAAUGAGAACAGAUGGGCUAGAACUGUUAAGGUGAUAGUGUUUAUAUGAAUGUGUAAAGUCAUAAGCCCUUGUUUUGGGCAACCUUUGAAAUGAAAAUCCAUGCAUCUGAAAUA